AUGACCGGCUGGCUGCGUGUCCUGGGCCUCCCGCUGCUGCUCCUGCCCGCGGCCCCGCCGCCGGCCCACGGCUGCCCUGCCCGCUGCGAGUGCACCGCCGUGACGCGCGCGGUAGCCUGUCCGCGCCGCCGGCUGACCGCCGUGCCCGACGGCAUCCCGGCCGAGACGCGCCUGCUGGAGCUCAGCCGGAACCGCAUCCGCUGCCUCAACCCCGGUGACCUGGCCGCGCUGCCGCAGCUGGAGGAGCUGGACCUGAGCGACAACGUGAUCGCGCACGUGGAGCCGGGCGCCUUCGACAACCUCCCGCGCCUGCGCGAGCUGCGGCUGCGCCGUAACCAGCUCAAGCUCAUCCCGCCCGGCGUGUUCACGCGCCUGGCCAACCUGACGCUGCUGGACCUGAGCGAGAACAAGCUGGUCAUCCUGCUCGACUACACCUUCCAGGACCUGCGCAGCCUCCGGCGCCUCGAGGUGGGCGACAACGACCUGGUGUUCAUCUCGCGCCGCGCCUUCGCCGGCCUGCUGGCCCUCGAGGAGCUGACGCUGGAGCGCUGCAACCUCACGGCGCUGUCCGGGGAGUCGCUGGGCCACCUGCGCGGCCUGGGCGCACUGCGCCUGCGCCAUCUGGCCAUCGCCGCGCUCGAGGACCAGAACUUCCGGAAGCUGCCGGGGCUGCUGCACCUGGAGAUCGACAACUGGCCGCUGCUCGAGGAGGUGGCCGCGGGCAGCCUGCAGGGCCUCAACCUGACCUCGCUGUCCGUCACGCACACCAACAUCACGGCCGUGCCGGCCGCCGCGCUCAGCCACCAGGCGCACCUCACCUGCCUCAACCUCUCCUUCAACCCCAUCAGCACCGUGCCGCGCGGCUCCUUCCGCGACCUCGUGCGCCUGCGCGAGCUUCACCUGGCCGGGGCGCUGCUGGCGGUGGUGGAGCCGCAGGCCUUCCUGGGCCUGCGCCAGAUCCGCCUGCUCAACCUCUCCAACAACCAGCUGUCCACGCUCGAGGAGUGCACCUUCCACUCGGUGAACACGCUCGAGACGCUGCGCGUGGACGGCAACCCGCUGGCCUGCGACUGCCGCCUGCUGUGGAUCGUGCAGCGCCGCAAGACGCUCAACUUCGACGGGCGCCUGCCGGCCUGCGCCACCCCGGCCGAGGUCCGCGGGGACGCGCUGCGCGACCUGCCCGACUCCGCGCUCUUCGAGUACUUCGUCAAUGCGGGCGGCAACGACAGCUACUUCGCCACGCUGAGCGUGCGCGCCGAGCCGGCCGCCAACCGGACCCCGGGCGAGGGCCACAACGAGACGCAGGCGGCGGCGCGCUUCCCGCUGGACCUCACCACCAUCCUGGUGUCCACCGCCAUGGGCUGCAUCACCUUCCUGGGCGUCGUGCUCUUCUGCUUCCUGCUGCUCUUCGUCUGGAGCCGCGGGCGCGGCCAGCACAAGAACAACUUCUCGGUGGAGUACUCCUUCCGCAAGGUGGACGGGCCGGCGGCCGCGGCCGGCCAGGGGGGCGCCCGCAAGUUCAACAUGAAGAUGAUCUGA